AUGAAUACUACGACCAGCUUGGCAGUGAUAGGAGCCGGGAGAGUGGAGGAGUUACCGGCGCACCGAGCUCUGACGGGAUGUGUUCUAGCAGUGCUCAUCAUUUGGACGCUUUUGGGAAACUUCACCGUUUGCGCAGCUGUUUACCGCUACCGGCACUUGCGCGCCAAGAUAACAAAUAUCUUUAUUGUGUCUUUGGCUCUGUCGGACCUCUUGGUUGGCGUACUGGUGAUGCCGUGGAAAGCUGUGGCUGAAGUGGCCGGUUUCUGGCCGUUUGGGGGGUUUUGUAAGACCUGGCUGGCCUGCGACAUCAUGUGCUCCACAGCCUCCAUCCUCAACCUGUGCGUCAUUAGUGUGGACCGAUACUGGGCCAUCUCCAGCCCGUUCCGUUAUGAGAGGAGUAUGAACAAGAGGGUGGCCUCUGUGAUGAUCGGGGUGACCUGGACAGUGUCUGUGGUCAUCUCUUUCGUCCCCGUGCAGCUGAACUGGCACAGGGCAGAGUUCGGGGAUCCAGCAGGGGAGGAUCUGACGCUUCACGGCACGUCUUCAGAUGGGAGCUGUGACUCCAGCCUGAGCCGAACAUACGCCAUCUCAUCCUCUCUCAUCAGCUUCUACAUCCCCGUGGCCAUAAUGAUCGUCACAUACACGCGCAUCUACCAGAUAGCCCAGAUGCAGAUCCGGAUGAUUUCCUCGUUGGAGCGAGCGGCAGAGCGCGCGCAGAGUCGCCGCUCGGAGGUACAUGAACAAUUUCCUCACCUGUGCACGGGAAUCGGUGCAAACUCCUAUCAGUCCCAACUUCGUCUUCACACUGAUUCUCAGCGCUCCAGUCAGUCACACAGAGAGCUCAGGGUGACGAUCGGGAAGGAGACCAAAGUUCUGAAAACUCUGAGCAUCAUCAUGGGGGUGUUUGUCUGCUGCUGGUUACCAUUCUUUGUCCUGAACUGCGCACUGCCCUUCUGUCCCGGACCAGAGGCCCCGGGGGCCCAGCGAGGCCCCUACUGUGUCAGUGAAAAAACCUUUGAUGUCUUUGUGUGGAUUGGUUGGAGCAACUCGUCCCUCAAUCCGAUCAUCUACGCGUUUAACGCAGACUUCAGGGACGCGUUCCUGCGCCUGUUGCGUUGCCGUGGACGAGGCUGCUGCGCAGCGGUGAGCGCAGCGGUGGAGACCGUGAUGGCGAGCAAUGAGGCCGGCCAACUGAGGCCCGAGAGCCCGCUGAUCGUGAAAAUGAACGUGUCCUGUGCCUUACAAACUAGAGGGAGUGAUGACAGUGGGAACACCACGGUGACUGUGCUGUAUCACAGAGGGACGAACCCGGAGCAGGUGAUAGACACUGAGGAGAGUAAGGACAAAAACAAACUGACGCAGAUACCGAUAUAA